GGCGGGCCGGCUGGGCUGAGCACCUGCGCCUCGGCGGGCUGCCUGGGGCACUGUCCCCGGCCCCGCAAUGGCCAGGCCCCAGAAGACUCCCGCACGCACUCCCGAUAGCAUCGUCGAGGUGAAGAGCAAAUUUGACGCUGAGUUCCGACGCUUUGCGCUGCCCCGCGCUUCGGUGAGCGGUUUCCAGGAGUUCUCGCGGUUGCUGUGUGUGGUGCACCAGAUCCCGGGCCUGGACGUGCUGCUUGGCUAUACCGAUGCUCAUGGCGACUUGCUGCCCCUUACCAACGACGACAGCUUGCAUCGCGCCCUGGCCAGCGGACCCCCGCCGCUGCGCCUACUGGUGCAGAAGCGGGCAGAAGGUGACUCCAGCGGCCUGGCUUUUGCCUCCAACUCUCUGCAGCGUCGUAGGAAAGGGCUCCUGCUGCGACCAGUGGCCCCUCUGCGCACCCGGCCACCUUUGUUAAUCAGCCUGCCCCAGGACUUCCGCCAGGUUUCCUCAGUCAUAGAUGUGGACCUACUGCCUGAGACCCACCGUCGUGUGCGGCUGCACAAGCAUGGUUCAGACCGCCCCCUGGGCUUCUACAUCCGGGAUGGCAUGAGUGUACGUGUGGCUCCCCAGGGCCUAGAGCGGGUUCCAGGCAUCUUCAUCUCCCGCCUGGUACGUGGAGGACUGGCUGAGAGUACAGGACUGCUGGCAGUCAGUGACGAGAUCCUCGAGGUCAAUGGCAUUGAAGUGGCUGGGAAGACCUUGGACCAAGUGACGGACAUGAUGGUUGCCAAUAGCCAUAACCUUAUAGUUACUGUCAAGCCUGCCAACCAGCGUAAUAAUGUGGUACGAGGAGCAUCUGGGCGCCUAACAGGGCCACCCUCCACAGGCCCUGCUGACCCCGACAGUGAUGAUGACAGCAGUGACUUGGUCAUUGACAAUCGCCAGCCUCCCUGUUCCAAUGGGUUAUCUCAGGGACCCCUGUGCUGGGACCUGCAACCCAGUUGUCUACUUCCUGGUGCUGGCAGCUCUCUGCCCUCCUUAGAUGGACAGGAGAAAGCCAGGUCUGGCUGGGGGACUGGCAUGCGAGGAAAUGGUAGUGGUUUCAGUCUCUGACAGGCAGAUGUAGCCCCAUGCCACUUCAGGCUGCUGGGACAUGGCAAGGACUUCUUGGUAGGGGGUUAGCUUGCUCACAGGGCCCUCUUAGUGGGGAACAUUAAAGAUUUUCUACAAAUACAGAUAUGGUCCUUCUAUGUCCCAGCUCCAUCCUCCUCCCCAGUCCCACAAGUCUAUUUCCUGCCCUGGACAUGAUGCAGGUGGGGUAAAUAUGCUGGAGAGACCUUCCCAAAACCUUGUAUCAGAAGGUUCACUGGGCUUGGCAUUUCUAGAGUAAGAAAAGCUCUUAAGGAAACACAGCACUGUAUACAAAAGGUUUAAUUUUGACCAAAGGGUUAAAAGGUUGGGAUGGCUACUCCGCAGCCACCCGUGAUUUGGAAAAGUGCUUUAGAGAUGCUGCCCAGUCCUGCUCCUGCCUGUGGAACUCUGCUCUAGGACAGGGCCUAGUCCUGACCUUUGCAGCUGUGUGACAACUCUCAGCACAGAGCUCCCUGCCAAAGUGCCAACAGAGGGACUCAGGCAUCCAUCUUAACAAAGACUUUGGGUCGGGAGAAGAUCUUGAUGGCUUCUUCUAUUUGCACCAGCUUCCUGUCCAGCUCAGCACGGUGGCCUUUGGCUUUCAGAGAGUCUGCACCAGCUGGCAACAGUACCAGUUCACGCAGCAAUUGGCUCUGGCCUGCAGUAAGGGCCCAGUAACAGUAAGUGCUGUGUAGAAGGUGCAUGGUCCCCAGGGGCUUCCCUCCAGCCAUCCCUGCCUGAGUACUCACUCUGGAGCAGAUUGUUCAGUGUCUCCAGCCGCUCGUUCUCAGGCAUGCGAGUGUGUCCAGGGGGCAUGGAUGGAUCUGGCUGGCUAUGCUGGCGGGCCUCAGCCUCCCGCCGCCAAAGAUCCCUGCGCUCCAACAAACUGCAGAUGCACAGGCCCAGGGUUGAUGACACCAAGGCCAAGACUGGCUCCCACCCACCAUAGGUGUCCCUCACCAUGAGUGUUGGGCAGUGGGACCUACUAUUGAGGCACGUGGCCCUUCUGUGUGGCAUUGUAGUGCUCCUGGGCUUGUCGCUGCUGUUCCAGAACCUGAGCGAGGACCUGCAGUGAGCGGGAAUGGCGCCGGGGGGCCCUCUUGGCAGCAAGGGCAUUGUGACUGAUGAAGUCCACAGCCAGGCCUGGCCCCUGCAGGACAUGGCAAGCAUGGUGGGGGCCGUACAGCAGUGUGUUGUGCCCCUGCAUCCCAACCCUAGGAACUCUGCCCCAUCACCUCUAGCCCCCUUAGAGACUCUCACCUUUGCUUUGGGACCUUGUUGGGUGAGCUGAGGACUGGGGACACGGGGUGGUGGAAGCCCAGGGCCACAGCGGGAGUGUGCCCGCAGGAAGUGGGCAGGCUCUGUCACAGAGGUAGGGCCAGGCUCCUGGAGGGCAGGGCACAGCAGAAGAGUAAGUCAGGCUGGAAUCAGGGUCUCUGGCCCAAAGACCACAGAGCAUGCUUUUGUCCCUCCUGCCUCUAAGGACCUUCCCAUUCCAUCCCUAUGGGCCUUCUCCCCUCUUCAAGGAGAACUCCUCAACAGCAUUGAAAGAUGUGUGUCUCACCGCUCUAAUAAAACAAAUUACUUCUCUAUUUUCCUUAA